UCCGUUACGUAACAUUCUAGCGCUCGCGGACUGUGCGCGCGAAACGAGGGCCUCGCUCGCGCGGAAAGCGCCGGGGGCUCCUGAGUGGCCGCGAGGCAGCAAUGCCAGUGGUGGAGUGAAGUGGAGACAAAAAGACAACCUCUUCGCGGCGUUUGGCUCACUUUAAUUAAAUUAUUCGGGAAGGACGUCGGGUGCGGAGGGUGUGUGCGGCGCCAUGGACGAGGAAUACGGACCUGGGUUCGACCGCCGCUUCACGGCCUCCCUGAACAUCCAGCACGCAGGUACUGACACUGACAGAGACCUGGAUGCGGUGGAAGGGUCCACAGCACCAUCCCAGAGGAUGUCCAGGCACCAGGUCCUCACUCUCAUCUCCAUGGCAUCUGUAAAUUUCUGUUCCAUGAUCUGCUAUUCAAUAUUAGGGCCAUUUUUCCCUAAUGAGGCAGAAAAAAAAGGUGUGAGUCAAACCGUUAUUGGUCUUAUAUUUGGAUGUUACGCUUUGUGCAAUUUGGUGGCGUCCCUAAUCCUCGGUAAAUAUAUUGUGCAGAUUGGGCCAAAGUUUAUGCUCACUUCAGGAUUGUUUGUGUCGUCAGUAUGCACUAUUCUCUUUGGUCUCCUUGACAGAUGUCAUAGAACAACACCGUUCAUAAUAAUGUGCUUUCUCAUAAGGUCUAUAGAUGCUAUAGGCUUUUCAGCAGCAAUGACAUCCUCUUUUGCUGUUAUUGCAAAGGUGUUUCCCAGUAAUAUAGCAACUGUUAUGGGCAGUUUGGAAGUCUUUACUGGACUUGGCUUGAUAAUGGGACCUCCAAUGGGUGGACUUUUGUAUCAGUCAUUUGGAUAUGAAGUCCCAUUUAUGGCUUUAGGGUGCUUUGUCCUUCUAAUGGUCCCAUUCAACAUGUGUAUUUUACCACACUUAGAAGCAACCCCUGCAAACGACUCAUUCGUUCGAUUGUUCAUCCACCCAAAAGUCCUGCUCCUCUGUUUUGUCAUAUUCACUCUGAGCUCAGGAUUGGGCUUCAUUGAUGCAACUCUGGCCAUAUUUGCAGUGGCGAAGUUUAAUCUCUCCGCUGGUUACGUUGGGCUUCUCUUGCUUGGUGUUUCGCUGCCUUAUUGUCUUUCGUCACCUUUACUGGGAGUUGUGAGUGACAAGUUUCCUUCUGUAAGGAAGUGGCUGGUGGUCCUGGGUGGUCUGGGAACAGCAGUUGGCUUUUGUUUGCUGGGACCAACCCCUAUUCUUCACAUCCCUCGGCAACUAUGGCUGUUUGUUUUUAUGCUCACCAUCAUUGGGUUUUCACUUGGACUGACUGGUAUCCCCAUCUUCCCUGAGAUCAUCAACUGUGCCUAUGAGAAUGGCUUUGAGGAAGGUCUGAGUACUCUGGGACUGGUAUCUGGUCUCUUCGGAGCAGUCUGGUCAACUGGGACGUUCUUCGGGCCAACCUUCGGAGGAUUUGUUACUCAGAGGCUGAGUUUUGAGUGGGCUUCUUCCAUUGAGGGAGGAAUUGGAUUUGUAGCUUCAUUCCUUCUGGGUGCAUAUUUCUUCUUUGAAGGAACCCGAAAAAAGAGGGCCCUUCGAGUGACUGGAAUCACAUGUGAGAGGGAUCCUCUCCUUGGUCAUGCGCCAAAAGACUCAGACACAGUGACCACGAUGAAUGGAUACCACCACUUCUAGAAUAUCACUUAAAUUAUUUAUAGUAUGUUAAUCUUUAUUUGUUGCUGCUAAAGUAAAUUAAAAUAUAUUAACUUUCAAGGUGAAUUCAAACAUUAUAGGAAUUAAAAAUGUUUAAUUGCAUAUUUGAAGAAUAAUGUAACAUAAAAGAUGUAUAAGAAGAAAAAAAAAGUCAAUGUUGGACACCUUUCUACGUGCCGACGCUAGGAUCGUGGAUGGAAACUACCCUUAUGCUGAUGGGCAUUAAUGCAUCAGUGAAGGCUUCAGACCUAACUCAGUGACAACUGGUUAGUUUAAAAAUUAAUGUACUUAUGGGAAUAGACAACAGCUGUUCUGGUUUUUUUUUGUUUGGUGAAAACCUAAAAACAGGUGUUGUGGUCCCUGGACUUGGUAAUGUCUUUCAGUCUAAGGGUACUUCUGAAAUUCCCUGUAGAAAGAUUAUUUUCUCAGUGUUCACAGGAGACUUCUGUACCUGAAGUUCAUAGCUGAAAUAUUAAUGCAAAUUAUUUUCUGAUAUUGACCAUAAAUUUAUUUUUGAAAAACCGAUAUUUCAAUAAUGACUCACUGUGACUUAUUUAAUCAGC